AUGAUACGUGGUCGUAAAAGCAACGCAGGCGGCGAGAACACGUGGAAGCAACAGGCUGUUCAUGUGCAUAAAGCGAUCACAGAAAAAGAAGUGCCACCAAAGAAGAAACAUGUGCGAGCCAUUAUUUUGGCUACUUUCGACGAAUACUCCUCCCAAUUUUUCUAUGAGAUUGCAUUGAAGUUGCCCGUAUUUUCUAAUCCGGUGGUUUGUUGGAAACUGUUGUAUUUGAUUCACAAACUUAUUCGCGAAGGGCACCCGGAAGAUUCCUGCGUGAAUACUUACGGCUAUCCGUUAGAAAACUACUUCAAGUUUAUCACAGCCAGACUACGAUUGCAUCGUAAGUAUGGAAUUAUUCCGGGCAACCUGGAACUUCAACCGCGUGAUUUGAGCUCCGCAUUGAACGCUCCACCCGAUAGCCUGUUCACCUUCGGUGUAGACCUGAUGGACAUGUUGGAUGAAGUGCUUGCAUUCGAAGAAGUCAUUCUGGACUCUUUUGCCGGUGUCUCUUUCGCUGCUUUCUCCCAGGUCGGCCAGUGCAGACUGGCCCCCGUCUUGCUAUGCAUUCAGGAUGCAGCUGCACUGUAUGACCUGGUCGUACAUGUGUUGUUCAAGUUGCACGAUGUUCUAGACAGUAGUAUGUUGCUGGGGCAUCGUCAACGGUUUUUCCUACUGCAUCAGUCCCUCAGCAAAUUCUUUGAUUUGGUCUCCCGAAUGCAACAGCUCAAAUCGUUUGUCGAUAUUCCGACAUUGUCUCAGGUAAGCGAAUCGUAUACGAUAGUUAUUUGCCGCGGUUAUCUGGUCAGAACGAUUAGUCCCGAAAUGCAGGUACUGAUGAGCUCACCAAACCCGAAGACAUCCAACGCGAUAUUGAGCACUUUGAAUUCCCCCCCUCCGCCCCCUCCCUCCCGCCAUGUACGUGUGAAUUGA